CACACACACACAGCAGUAACUUGAAUACCGAAGCCGGCAAUCAACGUAGGGCUCAGGGCAGGUGCUGCGGGUGUCCGGGCUGCUGUGCCGCGCGCGCACUGUGCUUCCGGUCCACUUGGUGGGUCGCUCCAUGAAGGUGGAGAGCACGAUGGGCGACGCGGGUGGCCCCGGGGCGGGGGUCCGAGGCGGCGGCGGCGGUGGCGGCGGCAACGCGAGCGACUGCUGCAUCAGCAGACUGCUGAGCGUGGUGGAGAGCGAGCUGCAGGCGGGCCGCGAGAAGGGCGACCCCACCGAGAAGCAGCUCAAGGUGAGCCUGGAGGAGGCGGAACUCUGGAGGAAAUUCAAGGAGGUCACCAACGAAAUGAUAGUGACCAAGAACGGCAGGAGAAUGUUCCCCGUCCUGAAGGUCAGCGUGUCCGGCCUGGACCCCAAUGCCAUGUAUUCCUUCCUGCUGGACUUUGCCCCAGCAGAUGCCCACCGCUGGAAGUACGUCAACGGGGAGUGGGUCCCUGCCGGGAAGCCGGAGCCCCACAGCCACAGCUGCGUCUACAUCCACCCAGACUCCCCCAACUUCGGCGCUCACUGGAUGAAGGCUCCGGUGUCCUUCAGCAAGGUCAAGCUGACCAACAAGCUGAACGGGGGUGGACAGAUCAUGCUCAAUUCUCUGCACAAAUACGAGCCACAGAUACACAUCGUGCGCGUUGGUGGCAGCCACCGGAUGGUCACCAACAUCUCCUUCGCGGACACGCAGUUCAUCGCUGUCACUGCCUACCAGAAUGAGGAGAUCACUGCCUUGAAGAUAAAGUACAAUCCAUUUGCAAAAGCGUUCCUGGAUGCCAAAGAGCGGAAUCAUCCCAAAACCCUGCUGGAGGCACCGCCAGAGAGCCAGCACGUAGGGAUAUCGCACUUAGGUGGUUGGCUCAUCUCCAACCCCGAUGCCCUUUGCUCCCCGAGUGGUGGAAACUACCCCUACGGUGGGGGUCUGCCGCUCGCCCCUCCCCACGGAUAUGAGCGCUACCCUCCCUUACGUGGGCACCGCCCGGCCCCAUACCCUUCCUCGUACCUCCAUCAUCGCAACCACAGUUCAGUGCCCCUGUCUGAGAGCAGUCCUGGCAGCCUGCAGGUGUUUCCUGGACAUGACACCUGGACACCUCUCUCUCCUUCAGCCCACCCCACUGUGCUACCUGUCUCAGCCACAGCCUCUACACCUGGAAGCAGCAGUCAGUAUCCAUGUCUGUGGACAGUGAGCAACUGCAGUGUCAACUCUGGGCCAGCAGGGGGCAGCGCAAACUGUUCCCAAGGGCAAGCAGUGCAUGUGGACAGGAGCUCUGCCUCCUCCUCCCCAUGUUCCCUGCUACAGGGUCAUGGUUCAGGGGCCACGGACCCUCCAGUGGAGCAGCACAGUCACAUUCGCCUGAGCGCGCCGGGCUGGACCACAGUCUCCGCCCAUUCAUUUUGAAGCCCUACCCUGCUCUCCUACUGUGUGUACAUGUCAGUUUCUGAUAAAUACCAUACCGAUAGAAUUUUUUUUUUCUUCUUUAAAAACAAAAUGACUAAUGUGGUAAAUUCUAAUGCCAAGCUUCUGUUCUGAGGCUAAAGUACUGGUAAUAUUUUGAUGUUGAGUCAGUAAAAACAGCUAUGAUGAAUGUUGUGCUUUCCUUCUAAACUGUUCUUCUCUCUGUACUUGUUCUUUUUCUUCUCUUCUUUCUGCUGAUGGAUUGAAUCAUAUUGAAUUAGGUUAUUUCUGUGAUUCUGAAUAAUCAACUUGCCAGCAUGUAACUUUGUACUAUGUGCCUUAGUAAUGCUAACUGCGCCUGUAUAAAAUGUAGAGAAGAUAGGGGAUAUGUCAGCUGGAAGUCUCUCCCACAAUACUGGUCACCUCUCAGACAGAUAAGUGUACAUAAUGAACACAUAUGUGUGCAGUUUCUAAAAACAUGGAUUAUUUAAAAGGAUUGACCUUUGCUCAGAUUCUGGUAUGUCUUUUUGUAACUAAAAAAAACCUUCAAAUGAUGUAACCCUUGUGUAAAUAAUAUGUUUGCUGUGGAAAUGUGCAUGAA